AUGAGCUCCAUGAGCUUGCGGAGCCUAGCUCCCGCAUCCAAGAUUUCUCGUGCCCUGAGGGAUCAGAGGCGUCUUUUCUCUUCUUCCCGGCCUGCUGCCCGGAUAUUCGCCAACAACCCUUUGCGCGCCAAAGAAGCCAAUGGCUACAUCUCAGAGAAAUAUCCGGUCAUUGAUCACGAGUAUGAUGCCGUCGUCGUCGGUGCUGGUGGUGCCGGUCUUCGGGCCGCCUUCGGUUUGGCGGAAGCCGGCUUCAACACUGCUUGUGUCUCGAAGCUUUUCCCCACGCGAAGUCACACUGUCGCAGCUCAGGGUGGUAUCAACGCUGCUCUUGGAAACAUGCACAAGGAUGACUGGAGAUGGCACAUGUACGACACUGUGAAGGGUUCUGACUGGCUGGGUGACCAGGAUGCCAUUCACUACAUGACUCGGGAGGCUCCCGCUAGUGUUCGCGAGCUCGAAGGCUACGGAUGCCCCUUCUCCCGUACCGAAGACGGCCUUAUUUACCAACGUGCGUUCGGUGGUCAGUCGAAGGAAUUCGGAAAGGGUGGCCAGGCAUACCGUUGCUGCGCCGUCGCUGACCGUACCGGUCACGCCCUCCUUCACACCCUCUAUGGCCAGUCCUUGAGCCACAACACCAACUACUUCAUCGAGUACUUCGCCUUGGAUCUGUUGAUGGAGGAUGGUGAGUGCCGUGGUAUCAUUGCCUACAAUCAGGAGGAUGGUACCCUGCAUCGUUUCAAGGCCCACCACACUGUCCUGGCCACUGGUGGCUAUGGACGUGCCUACUUCAGUUGCACUUCGGCCCAUACCUGCACGGGUGACGGUAUGGCCAUGGUUGCCCGUGCCGGCCUUCCCAACCAGGACCUUGAGUUCGUCCAGUUCCACCCGACUGGUAUCUACGGUGCUGGUUGUCUGAUCACCGAGGGAGCCCGUGGUGAGGGUGGUUACCUGCUCAACUCCGAGGGUGAGCGUUUCAUGGAGCGUUAUGCCCCGACCGCCAAGGAUCUGGCCUCCCGUGAUGUCGUUUCCCGUUCAAUGACUCUGGAAAUCCGCGAGGGCCGUGGUGUCGGUCCGGAGAAGGACCACAUUUAUCUCCAGCUGAGCCACCUGCCGCCCCAGCUCCUGCAUGAGCGUCUCCCCGGUAUCUCCGAGACCGCCUCCAUUUUCUCGGGUGUCGACGUCACCAAGCAGCCCAUCCCCGUCUUGCCUACCGUCCACUACAACAUGGGUGGUAUCCCCACCAAGUACACGGGUGAGGUCGUGACGGUGGAUGAGAAGGGCAACGACAAGGUGGUUCCUGGUCUGUAUGCCUGUGGUGAGGCUGCUUGUGUCUCCGUUCAUGGUGCCAACCGCCUGGGUGCCAACUCCCUUCUCGACCUGGUCGUUUUCGGCCGUGCUGUUUCUCACCGUGUCCGCGACACUGCCACCCCUGGCGCUCCUCACCGCGAACUGAGCCCCGAUGCCGGUGCCCAGUCGAUCAAGGACCUUGACUUCGUCCGUACUGCCGAAGGCCCUAAGUCGACCUUCGAUGUCCGCAACGCCAUGCAGAAGGCCAUGCAGACGGAUGUCAGUGUUUUCCGUACCCAGGAGAGUUUGGAUGAUGGUGUUAAGAAGGUCACCGAGAUUGAUACCUGGUUCGACCAGGUCGGCACCAAGGAUCGCAGCAUGAUCUGGAACUCCGAUCUUGUAGAGACCCUUGAGCUUCGUAACCUGUUGACUUGCGCCACUCAAACCGCUGUCGCUGCCGCUAACCGCAAGGAGUCUCGUGGUGCUCAUGCUCGUGAGGAUUACCCCGAGCGUGACGAUGAGAACUGGAUGAAGCACACCCUCACAUGGCAGAAGGAGCCUCAUGGCAAGGUCGACCUGAGUUACCGUGCCGUUGAGUCCAAGACUCUGGACGAGAAUGAGUGCAAGCACGUGCCCCCCUUCAAGCGUGUCUACUAA